UUUUUUUUUCUUUUUACUCUUUUUCUUCCAUUUAAUGACUAUAGACACAAUGCUCAUUAAGCAAUGAAAUAGCGAACUAUCCUUACAGUGACUUACAAGACAAGGGAAGAUCAUAAGCAAACUUCUGAAUUCUAGAGUUGAAUUUCAUUACUUUUUUAUUUUCAUGCAGCGUAUGAUGAGAUUCAUAGAUAUUGGAGUAAACAUGACAGACCCUAUGUUCAGGGGUAUAUAUCGAGGCAAACAAGCUCAUGCAGAUGACUUUGGAUUGAUUCUUCAGCGUGCUCGUGAUGCAGGUGUUGAAAAGAUCUUUAUUACAGGCACCAAUUUGGAAGAGUCAAAAGAGGCCAUCGAGCUGACAGAGCAACAUCCAGACUUUUUGUACUCGACUGUCGGGUGUCAUCCCACGCGUUGCUCUGAAUUUGAAAGCUAUCCAGAUGGCCCUCAAGCUUAUUUUGACGCGUUACUUCAACUUGCUACAUCAAAACGCGUCAUUGCCAUUGGUGAAUGUGGGCUUGAUUAUGAUCGUAUUCAGUUCUGUGAUAAAGAGACACAAAAAAAGUACUUUUUGAGACAGUUUGAAUUAGCAGAGAAGACAGGUUUGCCCAUGUUCUUGCAUAAUCGCAAUACAGGGGAUGAUUUCUAUCAAAUGAUUCAACAAAACCGACACCGAUUCACUCAAGGUGUAGUUCAUUCCUUUACUGGGCCUAUAGAAGAAAUGCAAAAACUCGUUGAGCUUGGUUUGUAUAUCGGUGUCAAUGGAUGCUCACUCAAGACACAAGCCAAUCUUGAUGUCGUCAAGGCCAUUCCAGAAGAUCGUUUGAUGAUCGAGACAGAUGCACCUUGGUGUGACAUUCGACCCACACAUGCCUCUUAUGCUUAUCUGGAUCCCAAGGACGUACCUGCUGCUAAAAAGAAAGAAAAGUUUGAGAUGGGAACCAUGGUCAAAUCACGCAAUGAACCAGCUACCAUUAGCCUAGUACUGACUGUAGUAGCUGCCAUCCGUAACCAAGAUCCCAAAGAACUCUCUGAGAUCAUUUGGCAUAAUACAUGCAAUGUGUUCAAAUAAAGCGUUUAUUUAAAGAUA